UCCUCCUUUCCUCUCCUACACCUCUUCAACAGGCGCAACUCCACACCCACACACCCACCCACAUACACACCUGCACACACGUACACCUUCUGGACGUCCUUCUUCAUUCCGCACCAGCUCAUUCCUACUCACCUCGCACACUCCACCGGAUCGACCUUCCUCUUCUUUGUCUCGCUUCCUUGACAUCUCCUGGAAGAAGGAAUCGGAACUCAACUGCCUGCCUUCGUCUUGACCCCUCCUCCCCGACAGCGAUAGCUGUUACCAACUGAACCAUGCAGUGGGCUAUUGCAGAGUGGGAUUACACCGCAACACACGAGGACGAGCUCUCCUUUCGCAAGGGAGACCACAUUCUGAUAAAGGACAACUCCCAUGAGGAAUGGUGGGAAGGGGACUGUAACGGCUUGUCGGGGGUCUUUCCGGCAAACCGCUGCCGGCUUCUAUCAGCUGCACAAACUGUUCAGGAUGCGACGUUGGAGCACGAGGAUCGGAAUAGAAAUCAACAACAACAUCAUCAUGAUCAUGAUCAGGAGCAGCAGCAGGCGCAGGAUCAAAUGGAAUAUCUGAUCGAUCAUGACAGCGAGGCGCUGCAAGGGCCUCACGAUAUCGCUCCGCAUGGAUCACAAAUUUCACAGGAGAAACAGCAGCGCCAGACAGCAUCGAGCCACGCUACCAUGUCAAGUCCCUUGAUGGACAAUUCCAACAGCGCGCAGAUUCACUCGCCGCCACCAGAACCUACGGACAGCCUGUCAGAUUCGGAGCAAGUCGUAUUGCCGCCUAACUGGAGCGCAACAACCAAUUCGAAUGGCAGGCUUUAUUACUACAAUGUGAUGACAAAGGAAACCUCAUGGAAAAUGCCCACUGCUGUGGCUGUUGCAUCUCCUCCUCUUGGAUCCAUUAUGCCGUCAGCGGAGCAUUACUCAGACCAUGGCAACGUUCACCACGACAACCAUACUACUGAGGUACUCUCUCAUGAGAAGGACUAUGCAGCUGACGAAGAGUCUUUGCCGGAAGGAUGGAAUGCCGCUCGAGAUGAAGGUGGUUCUCAAUACUUCUUCAAUACAUCGACAGGAGAGACAACCUGGGAUCGGCCAAUGAGUCCAGCGCUGCAAAGGAACCAGCGCCAGUCCGAACCCAUUAUCGUGACAGCCGAAUCUAGUAGAGCCCAUCAAUCUACAUUGUCCCCAAUAGUACGGAGUCCAACCCCUAAGCGCCAGGCAUCAGUAGACGAGACCAUCCUUCAAAGUCAACUGCUGGACCUCAGUCUUUCAGAUGAGGAGCUCCAUGUAUUGGAACUGAAUCAACUGCCCACAGAGAAUAUCCAGCGCAAGGGAUCGCUUCGCGUAAAGUCCCAAAAAGUGUCGACCAAUGCCACUAUCAGCUCAUGGAAAGAUUACUGGGUGGUCGUUUAUAAAGGGUUCUUGCUCUUCUACCGCGACGAGAGUGGGGCUAUCAAGAACGCGCACUCUUUGAAGUCGUCCACGGAUUCGAUGAACCGACUGAGACAAGUGACGCAGGUCAAGCCUUCUGGGUGCUUUGAUUGUGAAAAAGUUGCGGCAGAGGUGCCGGUCAACGGACAGGCCUUGACGAAGAAGAAGAACUUUUUCUAUAUCACUCCUGGGGCGAGCGUGCGGCUGUUACUUCAGGACGCGUCUGGGGGCGAUGAGAAAGCCUGGGUCAAGGACAUUAAGACCUCGCUGGCCAGUCGUCAAGCGGACGAACUCCCUGGGUCAGAAGAGCCAUAUCUGAUCCAAGUUUUGAAGCGCCAAACAGCAGGCAGUGGAGAGGCAUCAGGUUUCAAGAUGAACAAGAAGAUCGAGGGAAAAGAUCUGAAGACGAUUAACAAGAGCCCGCUCAAGAUGGACAAGGCGCGCGGGAUCCGGAGCAUGGUUGCACAGGGGAUCCAUGUUCCUAGACGGAAGUCUGCCCAGGACGAACGACUCAGGUUGCCGGCGGAGGAGGAACCGUACCAUAGCCAUCAUACCCAAAAUAAUGAGCCUCAGCGCAGCGAUCCUCACUUGAGACAUUCUACAACGGCUUCGACUGCAGGAGCACCGGCAACGACAGCAACUGCCACGAACAAUCACGGCAGUCGACAGUUUUCGAACCCGAAGCGGAAGUCUAGUCGUGAUCAGAACAAUCAGGGUUCGUCAUCACCAUUUAAGAAGGAUCAGGAUACACAUGCGUCGGAUUAUGGGUCUGCAGAGGCGGGCCAGGAUGUUGGAUCACCUGGAAGUAGUUCAUCGCACCAAGGAGCCAAGGCAAAGCUCACCAACAUGAGUCGGAACUUUUUCUCGAAGGAUAGGGACAAGGAAAAGGAGAGAGAAAGGGACAGAGACAAGGAUAGGGAUAGGGAAAGAGAGAGGGAGAGAGAAAAGGAAAGAGAGAAGGAAAAGGAUAGGGAACGACAAAAGGAUAGGAGCAAGGAUAAGGCCAAAGACAAGUACAAGGAGAAAGGACUGAGGAAGGAAGCAGUAGACCCCAAAGCUGCACAAGGUGGAUCAGUAGUCUUUGGCGGAUCGCUGGUAGUCGAAGCUGGCAGGACGGUGCCCAUGGUCGUGGAGCUUUGCAUCAAGGCGAUCGAGGCGCGCGGACUAGCGACAGCGGGGAUCUACCGUGUAUCAGGACACAUGGCGUCGAUCCAGAACCUGAAGCGGGCGUUUAACGAGGGCGCGAAUGAUAUUGCGCGACUUGUUGAGAAAGAGCCCGAUAUCAACACGAUUGCGGCCCUCUUGAAGCUGUACUUUCGAGAACUGCGUGAACCCCUGAUGCUGUUUGAUUUCUACCCGAGCUUUAUUGCUGCCGCCGACAUUAGUGACUACAACGAGAAGCUGUACACGAUCAAAUCAUUGGUGCAUUCACUUCCAGAGCCGAACUUCAGUACGCUUCAGUACCUAAUGAUGCAUCUGGGCCGCAUCCAGGACCAGUACCAUACCACAAAAAUGGACUCUGCAAAUCUCGCCAUCUGUUUUGCGCCCAAUCUUCUACGUCAGGAGGUCAAUGAUCUGACGAGCAUCAUCAAUACGGGCAAACAGUCGAGUAUUAUCGAUACAUUGAUCGAACAGCGAGAGUGGGUCUUUGAUCCGUACCCCGAAGAUGAUGAGGAAGAGGUUCCGGUCGAAGGAGAAGAAGGGUCGACAGCGGGAGCAAAGGAGGAUGAUGACGAGCAAUUGCAAGAAUCUUCAAUGCCGCAGGAGCAUUAUCAUGAGAGUGGACAGCAUGAGACGCUCCAAACGGAUGAUGAUAAUCAUCAUCAUCCUCAAGAGACACAGCACGAUGGUACACAUAACGCAAUUCCUCCCCCACCCUACGUAGAAGGAGAUGAAAUACUUGCACAGCGCCACCAACAUGGAGAUCGCAAAGGUCCUUUGGAUCCAUAGCCCGCCUCGUAAAAGACUUAGAAUAUCUAAAUAAUAUUCACAAUUUUAUUUUUGAUGCCAGUUUUUAUCCCUUAUUCCAGAGAUAGUGAGCG